AGAACAAAAAAUAAAACUAAAGGAAUACCUUCCAACUGAAUUUACUUAUAUUUUGAAUUUAUAGAGAUCAUGUUGCUUUCCGCGAGUACUCUUAUUUAUAGAAAAGUCGGUAAAAAAUGUUUUCGUAUGUUAAAUGUGAGAUACAUGUGCAUUGGAAAUCGUGGACAUUUACAGCAAACUGGCAAUAUUACUCACGUUAUGAAAAAUGUAAUCUAUCGGCAUUUGAAGACUUCGACUUAUAUUUUGGAUAAAAGUGAAUCUGUAAAUCUUAAAAAUAAAGAUCCAGAAUCGGAAGACAAGUUAACUAAAGGUGUGAGAGAAAUUGUAGUUAAGACAGAAACGGAUGAAAAUAAAGUUGUUACAAAAGUCACUAUAGAAAAACCACAAAAGACUGCUUCAACAUCUAAACAAGAAAUUGCUCCUCAAGUCAAGAAAAGGCUAUUGAUUGAUUUUUCGGCGUCCUACACUGAACGUAACUUUAUAACUCCAAUGCGUGCAAUGACUGAGUAUUUGUUAAAGCAAUCUGAUUUAGAAUCAUUACCAAAGGUGCUACGAAGAUCACCAUAUGAAUCUGAACCACCUAUUACUGUUCAUUACCGUAAAGAUGUUGAAGCAAAGGCUAUUGAGGUGUGGGGAUCAAGAGAAGUAUUGGAGAAAGAAUUAUUGCGAAGAGAACUAGACAGAAGAAGAUAUGAACAAGAUGUAUUCACUGUUAAACGACGAUUACGUAAUUAUAGAAGGGAAAUGAGUGAUAAGCGGCUAAAACAAGCUGAGGAAUUAGGUUUGAAGACAAGAUCUGGAAGAGUUGUCCUCACUGCAAUAGGAAUAAAUGGAUGUAAUUUUCUAUUUAAACUCUGUGCUUGGUUCUACACGGGUUCACACAGUCUAUUCUCAGAGUGCAUACAUUCCCUCGCAGACACUGUUAAUCAACUAAUACUAGCUUAUGGAAUACACAAAUCUGUUCAAAUAGCAGAUCCAGACCACCCAUAUGGUUAUACAAAUAUGAGAUAUGUUUCAUCUCUCAUCUCCGGAGUGGGAAUAUUCUGUGUGGGAAGUGGCUUGUCAUUUUACCAUGGAGUAGUGGGCAUAUUGGAUCCACAGCCCCUUCAUGACUUUUUCUGGGCUUAUUUCGUCCUUGGUGGAGCUGUAGUAUCAGAAGGCGCAACUCUAAUGGUUGCUUUAAGUGCGAUAAGAAAGGGCGCAAAAGAAGCGAACAUGUCUUUAAGAGAAUAUGUUAUUCGAAGUUCAGACCCAUCAGUGAAUGUAGUGUUGUUAGAAGACACAGCGGCUGUUGCGGGCGUUGUAGUGGCAGCCAGUUGUAUGGCAGUCUCACAGUACACCGGUAACCCACUAUUUGAUGCCGUUGGCAGCAUACUGGUGGGCACUAUACUGGGUGGUGUUGCCUCCUUCAUUAUAUUGAGCAAUGUUGGAGCACUCGUUGGCAGAUCCAUUCCACAGGAACAAUUAGAUGAAAUAAAUAGUGUACUGGAAAGAGAUUUUAUGAUUAGAGCAAUUCAUGAUGUGAAGGGAAUAGAUAUUGGUAGCAACUUGAUAAGAUAUAAAGCCGAAGUUGAUUUUGACGGUCGAGCGUUGACACGAUCGUAUUUAGAGAAACACGAUUUAAAUGUCUUGUUAGAGGAUAUCAAAAAAAUCGAGACCAUAGACAACGUGGAAGCAUUCCUUCUAAAACAUGGCGAGAAUAUUGUGGACAUGCUGGGCGGAGAGAUUGACAGGAUAGAGUUAAAAUUAAGGAAAAAGUUUCCACAAAUACGACAUUGCGAUUUGGAGAUUCUCUAAUACAAUAUGUGAUCUAUAACCAAACUCCACUCUUCUUGUUUUUUUUUUUUAUUUAACUAACUUAUUUUUUAUUGUUGAGAUAUAAUUUGUAAGCCACCAUGUACACAAUAGUUAUAAUUUAAGUUUUACUUUGUGAAU